CUAGCGUCUGAUACCGAUUUCUGCCGCUCGGAUCCCCGAGUUACAUCUAGAAGACUAUAAAAACGAAUCGAUCAUCUUGAGUUACUGCCACAGUUCUAUCAGCUUCCGUGUUCAAACAGUCACAGUCAGCCGCUGCCAACCAACUACCAAAGAUGAAGUGCUUCGUCGUUUUUGUCGUCGCGGCCAUUUCACUGAGCGUGGAAGGAUCCAUUAUCCCGUGGUACUGGCCCGGUCCUGUUGUCGUACCAGCUCCCGCCGGACUAGCGAUUCCCGGUUCCACUGUGGUCCAAUCGAACCCACCAGCAGUUGUGGUUCCAGCACUUCCGGCUCCAGUGGCAGCCGUGGCAGUUGACGCCUCGGGUGUUCCCACCGUAGUUCUCGCUCCGGCUCCAGCAGUGGUGGUGGCCGCCCCAGCCCCAGCAGCAACGUCCGUUUCGGCCACCCGCGGAGCCGUUCAUGUUGCUCCACUGCCAGGACACUCGGUUUCGCAGCAACAGCUGAAUCUGGCCCCGGCUCCGGGAUCGGAAUAACAACUGCCGCCGUAAACAAGCUGGGACAAUGUGCAACUGAAUACUCCAACCAACAACAACGGUCUCUCGCAUGGUUCUGUUCAAUCCUCUUCGGUGAGAGAGCUUGUUCACUCCCUGGAAGUUGUUCGGAGUUUUCUAACCGAAUUGGAUAGUAUUUUGUAAAUUUCCACAAGUACUCUCUAAUAAAUGGCAAGCUAUGAACACGA